CGCCGGGCCUGCCGGGGGGGAGGCUGCGCCUGCGCGCUCGCUGGAGGGGCUGCUGCUCCUCCUCCUCCUGGUCCUGCUCCGUGCCCGGCGCUCGGACCCGCCUGGCUGCGGGUGAGGGGCCGGCGGCGGGGCAGAGCGAUGAGCUCCCGAAAAGUGCUGGCCCUGCAGGCCCGGAGGCGGCGGCCCAAGCAGCCCGCGGCGGCCGGCAGGAGGGACAAGCACAAAAAGAAAUCAUUCCAGGAUGCAACCAUUGGCUUUCUGAAAUAGGAAAUGCUCCAGAAGCUGUAACAUUUCAUAUAAGGCCACUAUCAGAAAUCAAGCAGAAGAUUGAGCUGCUGAUGUCAGUUAACUCUGAGAAGUCGUCCUCUUCAGAAAGCUCAUCAGUCUUAAUGUUGAACUGUUUACAGUCCUUGACCACGGUAUCCAAAAUGGCCUCAUGUCCAGAAGAUGAAGUUUCAAGGCCAGAGCCUCAACAGAAAGCUCCAUCUGCACCACCACCUCCACCUCCGCCCCCACCUCCGCCUCUGCCAGAGCCAGCACCACCAGAACCAGAGGAGGAGAUUCUGGGAUCUGAUGAUGAGGAGCAAGAAGACCCUGCAGAUUAUUGCAAAGGUGGUUAUCAUCCCGUGAAAAUUGGAGAUCUUUUCAAUGGCCGGUAUCAUGUAAUUAGGAAGCUAGGAUGGGGACACUUCUCUACAGUUUGGCUAUGCUGGGAUAUGCAGGGGAAGAGGUUUGUUGCAAUGAAAGUUGUAAAAAGUGCCCAGCAUUAUACAGAGACAGCCUUGGAUGAAAUUAAGUUGCUCAGAUGUGUUCGUGAAAGUGAUCCUAACGAUCCAAACAAAGACAUGGUUGUACAGUUAAUUGAUGACUUCAAAAUUUCAGGGAUGAAUGGAAUACAUGUCUGUAUGGUCUUUGAAGUUCUUGGACAUCAUCUCUUAAAAUGGAUAAUCAAAUCCAACUAUCAAGGCCUUCCUAUCCGUUGCGUAAAAAGUAUAAUUCGACAGGUCCUUCAGGGUUUAGAUUAUCUACACAGCAAAUGCAAGAUCAUCCAUACAGAUAUAAAACCAGAAAAUAUCUUGAUGUGUGUGGAUGAUGCCUAUGUGCGUAGAAUGGCUGCUGAAGCUACAGAGUGGCAGAAAGCUGGUGCUCCUCCUCCUUCUGGCUCAGCAGUGAGUACUGCCCCACAACAAAAGCCUGUUGGGAAAAUAUCUAAAAACAAAAAGAAAAAACUGAAAAAAAAACAGAAGAGGCAAGCUGAGCUACUAGAGAAACGCCUGCAGGAAAUAGAAGAACUGGAGCGAGAAGCUGAAAGGAAGAAAAUAGAAGAAAAUGUAACCUUGGGUGUACCAUCAAAUGAGCAAGAAGAUGAGUACCACCCAGAGGUCAAGCUAAAAACAGCUGAUUUAGAGGAGGUAGCAGAUGAAGAGCCUGGGAAUGAAGAUGGUGAAGCAGAAGAUCAGGAGGAAAAAGAAGACACAGAAAAAGAAAACACUGAGAAAGAUGAUGAUGUUGAACAGGAACUUGUUAACACAGACCCUACAUGGAUAGAAUCCCCCAAAACAAAUGGCCAUAUUGUAAAUGGCCCAUUCUUACUGGAACAACAGAUUGAAGAUGAAGAUGAGGAAGAGGAAGAGUGCCCAAACCCUGAGGAGUAUAACUUCAAUGAGCCAAAUGCAAAAAGUGAUUAUUCUUAUAGUAGCUCCUAUGAACAAUUUAAUGGUGAAUUGCCAAAUGGACGUCAUAAAAUUCCUGAGUCACAGUUCUCUGAAUUUUCAGCUUCAAUGUUCUCUGGAGCUUUAGAAUCUGUAGCUUGUGGUUCAGCUGUUUCUGAGGGAUCAUCUGUAACUGAAAGAGAUGAGAGCAGCCCAUCUCAGGAUAGAAGCAGAACAGUUUCAGCGUCUAGUACUGGAGACUUGCCAAAAACAAAAACCCGUGCUGCGGAUUUAUUGGUGAAUCCCCUGGAUCCAAGAAAUGCAGAUAAAAUUAGAGUUAAAAUUGCUGAUCUGGGAAAUGCUUGCUGGGUACAUAAACACUUCACUGAAGACAUCCAGACAAGACAGUAUAGAUCCAUAGAGGUUUUAAUAGGAGCAGGUUACAGUACACCUGCAGAUAUCUGGAGUACAGCCUGUAUGGCAUUUGAGCUUGCAACUGGCGACUAUUUGUUUGAACCACAUUCUGGUGAAGACUAUUCCAGGGAUGAGGACCACAUAGCACACAUCAUAGAGCUGCUAGGCAAUAUCCCAAGGCACUUUGCUCUAUCUGGAAAAUAUUCUCGGGAAUUCUUCAAUCGCAGAGAUCACAUAGCAUUGAUCAUUGAACUGCUGGGAAAAAUCCCUCGAAAAUACGCUAUGUUGGGGAAAUAUUCCAAGGAGUUUUUCACCAAAAAAGGAGAACUCCGGCACAUUACCAAGCUAAAACCUUGGAGCCUCUUUGAUGUGCUCGUGGAAAAAUAUGGUUGGCCUCAUGAAGAUGCCGCACAGUUCACAGAUUUCCUGAUUCCCAUGCUAGAAAUGGUUCCAGAAAAACGAGCUUCAGCUGGAGAAUGCCUUAGGCAUCCAUGGUUGAAUUCUUAGCAGAAUCUUCAAAUGUAAGAUUGAACCAGCAACCACUUCCAGUGCAUCGGACCUAAAUGGUGACUGUCACAAAUUCUUUAACAGGAUCACAAGUGAGCUGGCUUCAUCCUCAGACCUUUAUUUUGCUUUGAGGUACUGUUUGACAUUUUGCUUUUUGUGCACUGUAUUCUUGGGGAAGGGUAGUCUUGUCUUCAGCUGGUAGUUUACUCACCCACUCUCUUCAGAAAACACUUAACGUGUCUUUAAGCAUCAUUUCUUGUGUUGUGUGGCAUUCAAAUGUCAAACUUUUGAACAAACUAUUCCCCCCAUCCCUCUGUGUUUUGGCAGGUUUUGUAACUAUUUAUGAUGAAAUAUUUUAGCUGAGUAUUAUAUAAUUUACAAGUUUGACAUCAAGUCAGAACUGAGAAAUGGCAAGGAAUUGUACAAUUUUAUUUUCUGACAAAGGGACAUCAUUCUUGUAUUAUAGUGUAUGUAAAUGCACCCUGUAAAUGUUUAUUUCCAUUUAAAUAUGGGAUGGGGACUCAGAUUUCAGAGUAAAGCUACUAAGUUUAAAGAGCUUUGUAGCAUACAAAUUGCAUGUAGCGGACUUCAAGCUGCUUUAAGGAUUUGUGUAAACUUUCCAUUUUGUAGAAGUUCCUGUACAUUAGAUUAUAAACAAAGUGGCUCUGGUUUACAAGACUUCAUUCCACCAAUGGCACUUUAAAGGAAGGCUAGACUUCUUUCUAACGAUAAAGUAUGCAUUAUCAUUUAGCACUCCCUUUUAGAAUUUUUGCCUAUUUUAAGUGCUUUUAAGGAGAAAAUAGCAAUUUCCCUUACAAUGUGAUAGUGAAGACAUGGUACCAUAUGGUGUUGCCUUUUUAUAAGCACUGUAAUUUGUACUAUACCCAAAAGAUUAAAAGUGAGCAUGGGAAAUAUUCUGUCUAGGAUUACUGAUCUUUUACAAUAAUAUAUGCUUGGGGUACGAAAAGGAUUGACCAAAAAGCAAAUAUAAUUUAGAGGACAAAAUAAUUCAAUGUUUGAGACAGUUCAUGCUCAUUCCAUUCAUAGCUUUACAUGCUCCGAAAACGAAUUGCACUAGCUUUUCCCCCCCCAUGAAUUGACAUAGAUAGCAAUUAGUUUGCCCUUUGUAAGUUGCACGCAAAAUUGUAAAUGUUUCCGGGGGUGAAAAAAGCUAAAUACUCAAAUUCAUAGGCAAUACAGAUUUUAGAAUGUAAAAUAUGGAGGUGUAUUUUGCCCUCUUUUAGAAGUCAGUGGGGUGAAUGUAAGUUUAUUUCUGGUUUUACAUAAUUAUGGUGCCACUUUUUUGACUGUCCAUUUUAAAUUUAUUCACAUGCCUUUGCAAUAACUAGAUUGUGAGAAGAUAGCUCUGUGUUGUAACAAUAACCAAUUGUUUGAGGUGCUUGCAGUUGUCUAAUUAAAGUGUUUUGUUUUUUCA